AUGGUAGAAAAUGACCUCCUCGGUAACAACUUAUACAAGGUGCUUUAUGGUCCUUUGGACCAUGUCUACUUCAUAUCUCUGCAAUCCAAGCCUUCCAAAUCGCUUGUCCUGUAUGACGAUAACUAUCACCAAAUCUACAAAAUCGAUGUUUCAAGCGUAACUGGAUUCCAGAGGAGGUCUAUACAGAAGGAUUCAUGGACUGAUGCAAGAGAAGGGUCAGAAAAAUCGGCGUUUGCCAAAUAUAUUUUUGAAAUAUUCUUUGGAACAAAUAACCCUUUGACAUUUACGUUCUUGGAAUAUGAAUACUGCGAUGCAUUUUGCAAAAACAUAGAACUCACGUUUGGAGUUCAAGUCUAUAAUUAUGGCAGUUUAAACCUUGUGGCUCUAAAAGAACGUAGAGAGGAUGUAAAAAGGGAAUCUUUACAAAAUGAAGAUGAUAGACUAUUUGUUGCUAGAAGAAAUACUCCACAUGAUUUUUUCAAAGUAGCAGGAAUAGAUUCUGAAGGUCACAGCGAACCUCCGGCCACAUUUUCCAGUAAAUACCCGGUAAUUAUAGAAGGAACAAUGGAAGAAGGCACAUUUUUAUCAUAUCGCAAUAUAAAAACAGCAACAUUAUCACCGUUUACAGUUUAUAAAGUAGAGUGGUAUCUUUCAAAAUCAAAGGGUUCUGACGAAGAAUUUAUAGAAGAGCUUUUUAGCACGGAUGAUACAUUUUAUCUAAAAGAGUUUAUGAUUGGUCACUAUGUAAUGGUAAAGGUCUACAAGGCUAUUAAAACUUACAACACUAGGAACUUUGUGUUCUCAACAUCCAUAAAAGGGCCUGUUGUUUUAAGUAAUUAUCUCGCACAUAACGUCCUUGUAAACUCUGUAAAGGAUACUGUGACUCAUAAUGUGCUAAUGACCGUGUUGCAUCUGCGGAGGUUAUGCAAACUAAAUCCUCCAGCAGAUUACUCGGAGUCUACAGUCUCAGAAUUAAUAAAAAAAAGUAUACAAACUAAAAGGAGUGGUAGUGUACAAAAGCAAACUGAUGCUCCGAAGCAUAUUGAAAGAAAUCCAGAGUCUGUUCCAAGCUCAGAAACGAAGGGAACCACUUCUGCACAUAGUACGUCUACAAUACAAUCUUCUGAAAGUAACAAUUGCAAUGUGCGAUUCACAAGUUCUCGAGGCAGGCUAACACACGUCAAGAUUGAGAAUGUGACCUUUGACGACUCGUCUGCUAUAGAUACACAUGAAGCAGACGGGAAUACUUUCACAGAGAGGGAUGAUUCAAACGUUACAGAACAUUCUGAUAAUAAUGAAAAUCCAGAAAAUGAGAAACAUACAGAUGAGAAAAAACCAGUUACUGUACGCUUAAACAGAGAUCAUAGUAAACAACUUGAUGUUCCGGUUGCAGAGCCUAUAAACGAAGGGAAAAAUAAACACAUAUAUGAUCCUAUGAAUGCCGAAUGUAACGACACGGAAAUCGGUGACGAAGAUGUAGAAAAUGACUCCAAGCCUAUAGUUGAUCCUGAGCCUGUCCCAGAAGUUAUACAAGAAACCCCCAAAGCGUCUGGCAUGAAUAAGAAUACUGAUGAACCUCCAAAGGGGAAACUCUUGGGAUUUCUAAGAAGUGGAAAAGAAAAAAUAAGGCAAAUGGCGCAAAGAAAUGUAAAUUCCAAGGAGCAAGAGAAUCGGGAUAAGAUUCCCACUGCUGGCAAUGAAUCACAAAAAACCGCAGAGGCGCCUGGUUUAUUCUCCAAGAUUAAGGAAAAAAUAAAGAGUAAGGGUGAUUUAAAAGAGAAACUAAAAGAAAAGGUCGACAAGUGUGUUACAAAGGUCACAGAAGUGGGUAAACGUGUAAAGGAAAGGAAAGCUAGAACCGGUAAAAAUACAAAAUAUGACCAACCAAAAGAUGACGCUUUAAAUGUUACGAGACAAAGGGAGCAAACACUUGCCAAAAAUGACCUGAAAAAGGCUGAUGAUAUUCCAGGGGAAAACGAUGAAAAGAAAAGUACUAGCACACCAGAGAGCUAUGAUAAGGAGCUCUUGUCUAUAGAACUACAAAUUUGUUUCAAGGAGCUCAUAUUAACCUUUGAAGAAGUAAAAUUCACAAUUCCAUGGAACAAUUUAAAUGUGGAUAAAUCGGACAAUUUAUCAACUAAUCCAGAUCCUACAAUGCAACAGCAACUCGAUACAGCACUAUUUGUUAUUGUUAAAACAAGGGAACCGGGUGAUGCCAUUACACAGGAAUCCAAGAUUGAGUUAUUCUCGCAAUCCACGUUCCAAAGAAACGUAUUGUACCACUCUAUGCUCUUUAACAAACAUAGGGGAAGUCACUACUCAAUGGACAAGUGUGAAAGAGAGUUACAGCAGGGAUUCUAUGCCGGCAUCAAAAAGGCAUACAUAAAGGCAUGCAAGUCUACACAUGAGCUCUAA